AUCCCAUAUUUUUUCAACUUGCAUGUGUGGUUUGAACGUGUGCAAGAAUUUGUGUGUGAUGUGUUCUGGAGUUUGGGAAUGUGUUUUGUGUUAUUUUGUUUGAGCAGGUUUUUUUGUGAUGAUAGAUCUUGAGAAGAUCUUUCCGACGCAACGAGAAUCCCUUCAAUCGGAGCAAGAACGCGAAAGCUAUGAAGAUUCAAAGAGAAGGACGAAAUCCUCAUGCUCUUGGUGUAUGUGGAUGAUAUCCUUCUCUUUUCUGCAUCAACUGCUUUGCUGGACAGCGCAGAGCAGAUGCUGGAGAUGCAGUUCAAGUGCUCCAAGAUGGGUGAGGCGAAGUACUACUUGGGGAUGCACGUGGAGAGAGAUGUGGAAAAGGGUGUGCUGAGGUUGCACCAGAGGAAGUACUGUGAGGGGCUGGCUGAGAAGUAUGGGCUGCAAGAUGGGGGAAAGCCAGCAACACCACUACCUUCGGGGUUCACUGUGGAGCCAUGUGCUGAUGAGGAGGUAGUGGGUGAUAGUGACAGGAAGCUGUUUCAUUCGAUGGUUGGGUCGCUGAAUUAUCCUGCAAAUCAUACACGGCCUGACAUUGCAUUUGCUACAUCACGGUUGGCUAGUGUGGUCUCACGCCCUAGUCAUGAGCAGCUGGAAGCGGCCAAGAGGUUGGUCCGCUAUAAUUUCGGAUUUAUAUUUUGAGUAAUUCUAGCUCCUAAGUUCACCUAGACUCUGUCCUUAAUCCUA